AUGUCGGAAAGCUCGGUUUCCUUCGAGGAAGCAAACCGGAUUCGUUUGAGUCUCGGUAUGAAGCCUCUGAAAGUCGGUCCAGAGACGAGUUCUACCCAGAUAGCUGAGGACAACAUGAAGCGACACCGCGAAGACGAGGCCAAGAGGGCACACGAGGACAAGGUCAAGAGCAGGAUCGCAAAGUCCAAGAACAAGCUCGAACUUAACAAGACCAUGUCAGGAAAGGGACUGGGCGAGGCCAGUGACGACGACGAUGAUGGCGAUCUCUACAAAUGGACCAUGAAGUCGCGUAGGAAGGAGAAGGAGCGUCAAACCGCCGCUGCAGCCAAGCGGGAGAAGGAGCUCCAGGAACUUGAUGAUUCGUACCAGGCUGAAUACGAUGAGGAUCACCUCGCUGGACUUCGGGUUGGCCACGACAUGGGCGACUUUGCAGAGGGAGAAGAGCGGAUCUUGACGCUUAAGGACAGCACCAUUCUGGAGAACGAGGAGGAAGGAGACGAGCUGAUCAACAUCCAGAUGACGGAACAGCAAAGGCUGGAGAAGAACCUGGAGAACAAGAAGAAGAAGAACCGACCUGUCUACUCGGCGUAUGACGACGAUGAAUUCACGUCCGGAAAGAAAAAGAACCUUCUCUCUCAGUACGAUGAGGUUUUGGGAACCGAACAGGGCAACGACGGAUUUGUCAUUGGCAAGGCCAGGAAAGUCAACCGUGGCGGAGCAGGAAGUCUGGCAGGAUCCAGCUCAGGCAACGGAGGAUUGACUGCCAAGGAGAUUAUGAACCAAAAGCUCAAGGAGUCUGCCAUCGACCUAACCUACAACAAAACACAACAAGCCCAGGACUACUACACCAAAGAUGAAGCUGAGAUCACAUUCAAGAAAUCAAAGAAAAAGAAAAAGUCGAGAUCAAGGAAAGCUGACAACUGGGACGAGGAAGGCGAUCAGGAAGGCGAUGCCAUGGAGGUCGAGAGACCAGAGCCAGUGGAUAUCUCUGAAUUGAACUUUGUCGAUGACGAGGAUUUGCAGGCAUCAUUGGCCAAGGCGCGUCGUCUCGCCACGAAAAAGACCAUCAAGAAGCUUACCCCUGAACAGAUUGCCAAAAAUCUCGCGGAAAGCAAGAUCAUGGAAGUGGAAGAAGAUUUUAGCGAGAGGGGGGGCCUGGUAAUUUCGGAUGUGUCAGAAUUCGUUUCUAAUCUUGCAUCGUCGUCAGCAGUCCACGCUGCUCCAGCUCGUCCAACACAAGCAGCCAGGGAAGAUAGUCCAGAACCCGCGUCUGCUUCGUCUCCCAUCGUGGCGGAAAAGGCGCAGGAAGACACAGUGAUGGAGGAUACCAAAGAGGAAGCAGAAGAAGACAACAUUAGAUCGAGGACGAGAGCAGAAUCGGAAGAAGCUGAGGACAUUGCCAUGAAGGAGAGCAAGGAGAGCGAACAAGCUGAACAUGAGGCUGUACUUGCCGAAGAGCCACUUGUCAGCAGAGGAUUGGGAUCGACACUUGCAUUGCUGAAGCAGAAGGGUGCCCUUGAAAUGGGCAACGCAGAGCAGGCAGAGAGAUCCAAGAUUCAAUCAGAGCGUGCCAAGUGGCUGGCUGACGCUCGACUUCGAGAAGCUAGGCUGGCCAAGGAGAUGGCUCAGGCAAAGGCACGCGACAAGGACAAGGUCAGGGACAAGAACUACUCUAUUCGUGACCGUGAUAGGGAUCGCGAGCACGAGAACCAGCGGAGAGAGCAACAAUUACUGGAUGAGCGCGAGUCCCGUAUGAAGAACUAUCAACCCGAUGUCAAGCUGGAGUAUAUUGACGAUAGCGGUAACCGUUUGAACACCAAGGAGGCCUUCCGUCAACUCAGUCACGCCUUCCACGGAAAGACAUCGGGAAAGAUGAAGACUGAAAAGCGCAUGAAGAAGCUGGAGGAUGAGAAGCGAUUGAUGAGCAUGAGCAGCACGGACACUCCUCUCGGCAUGGCCUCGGCCUUCCAGGAGCGGCAAAAGGCUGCUGGAUCUGCCCAUAUUGUUCUCGCCGUCGGAAACCGCAACGCUGUGCCUGCAAGUCUGGCUUCAUCCACCAUCGGUGGUACUACUUCGACACUUGCUUCAGGAUCAGGAUUAGGAACGGCGUCAGCAGCCCCAGCCAGGAGCCAACCCUCUUCAUUCUCGGCCCCAAGUCAGAAUGCGCAGGCGACAAUGUCGAUCUCUGGAGUACAUGCCCCUAACCGCGAAAAGGUUGCCUUUGGUCUGAAGCGCAAGGCUGAGGCAGCGCCCGGAUCUAACCCCGAGGAAACUGCCUCCAAGAAGACCCACUACAUGGCAUCACCUUUCUUGCGCGCACUCACUCGACAGAGCACCACCGUCAGGACAGGAGCCUCGACAGCAACAUGGUCUAGCACAUUGUCGAAUACCACCAGAAUUGGUCCAGUUCAAAGCCGCCAACUCCAGGUUAUGUACAGGACACAGAACGUUAGAAUCGCCAGUCUCGUGAGCCACCUCACUUCCUGUCCAGGGACCAUUGAUUCCACAUCACAGCUUCAACUGCGGGGAUUUGCAUCCAGGAAGGAAAUUGCCACAGCAGAGGCAAGCGACAGCGAUUCAGGAUUGGAUGAAGAGUUCCGGGACGACAAUGGCAUGACCUUGAAGGACCGCGAAAAGGUCGAGAACUGGGCCAAAGGGUUCACAAAGGAGUCGAUCCCCAAGGGACUCUUGACCCUCAAUUUUGUCCGCGCUAGUGGGCCCGGCGGACAGAACGUCAACAAAGUGAAUACCAAGGUGGAUAUGCGAUUCGUUGUGGAUGACGCGCUUUGGUUGCCAGAAUAUGUUCGCGACCGGUUAAAGUCAGAGAACGGAGAGUACGUCUUGACGUCGGAUCGGAAACGGACACAGAUGGCCAAUUUGGAUGAUUGCAUGGAAAAAUUGCACGAGAUUUUGCUCAAGAUGGCCGAGCUCCCCAAAUUACCCGACGCCGAGACCCUGGAAAGACUCGAGAGAAUUAAAAAGGCAGGAAACAACCGACGCAAGGUCAACAAGCAGUUCCAGUCGCAGAAGAAGUCUAGUCGACGCGUCAGUAGAGACGAUUAG